AUGGCAACGCCAAACCCAACCAACAUCUUUCGGAUCUUGGUGGCAUCAGAUGUUCAUCUGGGUUUCAUGGAAAAUGAUCCCAUAAGGGGAAAUGACUCUUUUGUUACAUUUAAAGAAAUUCUUUCCAUUGCACGGAAAAAUGAUGUAGAUUUCAUUUUACAUGGGGGAGACCUAUUUCAUGACAAUAAGCCUUCCAGGCAUACUCUUCAUGCCUGCUUGUCUUUGCUGAGGCAGUACUGCAUGGGAGACAGAGCAAUCAACUUUGAAUACCUCAGUGAUGAAUCUGCAGACUUCAAGCACUGUAAAUUUCCAACUGUGAACUACAAAGACCCCAAUUUAAAUAUUUCCAUUCCGGUCUUCUCCAUUCAUGGCAACCAUGAUGACCCCACAGGUCAGAAUAAUCUUUGCUCUCUAGACCUUCUUCACACUGCUGGGCUGGUAAAUUACUUUGGGAAAAGUUUGCCAUUGGAUAAAAUUCAGAUCUCUCCACUUUUGCUGCAGAAAGGGGAUACAAGACUUGCACUGUAUGGACUGGGGUCCAUCAGGGAUGAACGUCUGCAUCGAAUGUUUGUUAACAAGAAUGUUUCAAUGCUGAGACCAAAAGAAGGCCAGAAUAGCUGGUUCAACAUGUUUGUUCUACAUCAGAACCGUUCCAAACACUCAGCAACAAACUAUAUCCCUGAGCAGUUUCUGGAAGAUUUCCUGGACUUGGUAAUCUGGGGCCACGAGCAUGAGUGCCGGCUCCAAUAUGAGAAUAGUCACGUAGAAUACAACCCCACCCAGGAGCUGUACAUUUGCCAGCCAGGAAGCAGCAUUGCCACAUCACUGAGUGAAGGAGAAAUGGUGCCAAAACAUGUAGGAUUGUUGGAAAUCAGUGGCAAAGAAUUUCGUAUGAAAGCCAUCCCUUUGCAAACUGUUCGGCAGCUGUACAUGGACACUGUGACCUUGGCUGAUCACAUUGAUCCUGCAGCACCUAAAGCCAAGCAGAAAUCUGAGGAAUUUUGUAUUAAAAAAGUGCAAGAAAUGAUAGCUAAAGCAGAAAAAGAACAUACUGGCAACAGGGACCAGCCGUCUCUUCCUCUGAUUCGAUUGAAAGUGGACUACACAGGUUUUGAACCUUUCACAUCUCAGAGAUUUGGUCAGAAAUUUUUGGAAACAGUGGCCAACCCUAAAACAUUGAUUCUCUUCCAAAGACAGAAAUCUUGCAAAGCUGAGAAUUUGAAACAUGAUCCAAACAUAUUGGCCAGGAUCAAAGCUUUGGAUAGUGCAAGAGUGGAGGAUAUGGUUACCAGGCUCAUGUCUGAUGAAGGGUUCCAGCUGAAGUUAUUGAGUGAAAAGGGAAUGUCAGAAGCCGUGAAGGAAUACGUUGACAAAGAAGAGAAAGAAGCUAUCACUGAAUUAGUUAAAUAUCAGCUUAAGAAAACACAGGCUCAUUUACAAAAGCGAAACGUAACUGAAGAUCAGAUUGACAAUGAAGUUGUCAAAUUUAAAGAGGAGCGAAAGAAGAAGAAAGGGGAGGAGGAAGAGGAAAUUAAAGAAGCUUUAAAAGAAGCACAAUCCAAAAGAGAAUCUCAGGCAAGCAAUGGAGAGAAUGACAUCGGGAGUGAUGAUGAUGAUAAUAAUGAUAGAGAUGUACCUGCAGUGACAAAAAGAGGAAGGGGUAGAGGCAGUAGAGCAGGUGCAGCAGGAAGCAGAGGCCGUGGGCGAGGUUCAAAAACAAAUGAUGAUUCAGACAGUGAAAAGGCGUCUACAUCUUCUCGGGGAGGAAGGGGUUCUCGGGGAGCUAAAGGUGCCAAAACUACUAAAGCACCUGUCAUUGGAAGUUAUGGAAUACAGAAUUAUAUGACGUCAGUUAAUUCAAGAGAUAAAGCUUCUGUGGGUGCAUCAGAAGUUGACUCCAUAUUGUUAGAUGGUUCCGAUGAUGAUGAAGCGUUUAAUUCUGCAAGCAUGAACAAAUCAGGUAUUAGUCGGAAGCAGACGAAAACAACAGCUAAAAAGAAGGGUAUAUCUUUUUUUGAUGAAGAUGAUUCAGAGGAAGAAGAACAGCCAGUCAAAAAGCGAAGGAAAUAA